UAUGUCUUUUUAAUGCAAUACACAAUGUAUAUAUAAGUGCUAGCUUUUUUGUCAUUCAGGUAGGAAAUCUUAACCAUUUCUAUUCCUGGCUAUUUGUUGAGAUCAUUUCAGUACGAUCGAAUAUGUACAGGGUUUUUUUGUUAUCCCUGUUUGUCGCCGUGCAGUUCACUGCUGCACUAUCCGACACACCACAUCAGAUCGUGACCAAAUACAAAAACUAUCACACAAUAUGCAAUGGACUGGGAUACAAAGAAAAAUCUUGUGCAAACAAUGGUGUUGUUGCAUUCCAAGCCCUGCUUCAAAAUGACAUAUCGGACCUUGGAACUUAUCAGACGGUUAAAUUUGACACAGUGAAGCUAAAUGAAGGAUCAGGAUAUGACGUCAAAACAGGAAAAUUUACUGCUCCGGAAGAUGGAGUGUACUCCUUUAGCUGGAAUGUUCUGGUUUACUCGGGAAAAGAGUUUCAUACAGAGAUUGUAAAGAAUGGUAAUGUCGUUGCAAAGAAUUACGCUGAUGGUAGAAUACUGAAGAGUGGCUAUCACCUGACGAGCUCGUCCACGGUCAACAUCAAAAUGAAGAAAAGAGAACAGGUGUGGAUCAGAUCACACAACAAGCACGGACGAUACAUACAUGGCAGUUCGUGGUCAUAUUUUUCUGGCUUUAAACUGUAGUCAUUAAGUUUAAUUUGACAAUAAAGAUAUGCUCAACUAUC